GCCCCGUAGCCGCCUCUGAGGCGGACCGGGGCGGGCAGCGGGCGGUCUCCCAGGCCGCUGCAGGCCGCUUCCCUUUCCUUCGGUUGCCAACUGCAGCCGCCUCCAGGAGAAUAUUGGAGCAGAACGACUGGACAGGAGCAAGCGCUGCACCUUCAGGUGUCAUCAAGUUUGUGGUUGUGCCAGUAAAGUUUAACCUGAAGCCUCCUUGCCUACAUACUCACAGAAUGAAAGACAUGAGCUUCAACCUGCUUUUCCACCUUUCCUACAAGUUCCGCCUGCUGUUGCUUUUUACCUUGUGCCUGACAGUGGUUGGGUGGGCCACCAGUAACUACUUCGUGGGUGCUAUUCAAGAGAUUCCCAAAGCAAAAGACUUUGUGGCUGGUUCCAAGAAGGUUGUAGCUUUGGGGAAAGAGGAAACGCCUACCAGUGAAGCAUCCAUGAAAAAAGCAGAGCUUGACAAUUGUCCUUCAGUGUCUCCAAACCUCAGGGGCCAGAGCAAGCUCAUUUUCAAACCAGACCUCACACUGGAAGAAGUACAGGCAGAAAAUCCCACAGUCUACAGAGGCCGGUAUCACCCUGAGGAAUGUAAGGCUUUGCAACGGGUUGCCAUCCUCAUUCCCCACCGGAAUAGAGAGAAACAUCUGAUGUACCUGCUAGAACAUCUGCACCCCUUCCUGCAGAGGCAGCAGCUGGAGUAUGGCAUCUACGUCAUCCACCAGGCUGGCACUAAAAAAUUUAAUCGAGCCAGACUCCUGAAUGUGGGCUAUCUUGAAGCUCUCAAGGAGGAGAACUGGGACUGCUUUGUAUUCCAUGAUGUGGACCUGGUGCCUGAGAAUGACUUCAACCUUUACGUGUGUGAGGAUCAGCCCAAGCACCUGGUGGUAGGCAGGAACAGCACUGGGUACAGGUUACGUUACAGAGGAUAUUUUGGGGGUGUUACUGCCCUAAGCAGAGAGCAGUUUUUCAAGGUGAAUGGAUUCUCUAACAACUACUGGGGAUGGGGAGGCGAAGACGAUGACCUCAGACUCAGGAUGAAGCUCUUGCACCGAGUGUCACAGGUCUGGAAAACAGAUGGCUUGACAAGUUGUUCUUAUAAAUUAUUGUCUGUGGAACACAAUCCUUUAUAUAUCAACAUCACCGUGGAUUUCUGGGCUGGUGCAUGACCCUGAAUCUUUUGGCAUUUCAGAAACUGACCGCAACAAUUUUGACCUAGAGACUUUCCCUAGUAGCUAGCACAUAUUGAGAACUUGUUGCAGCCAAUUUUUGAACUGAAUGUUUCCUUUUUGCAUUCUCUUAGCAGAGCUCCUGGUGAUAUGGAAUGUAAAACCACUGUAACAAGACAGGUUUCUUAGUUGUUUUGAUCAUUUAGGGUUAAAUAUUGUAAUAGGUACUUGAAGGACAGUACAAAAAGGCCACUCAAAAGAUACCAUGAAGGCUACCUGAAAACUCUGGUUGGAGGGGAUUUAUUUAAGUUUGAAGUGAUGCAUUAUGAGAUAAAAGCUCAUAGAAAAUGGGUUUGCUGAAUGUCUCAGAGAACUGGAAUUGUUCUCAUCCAAGCAAGAAAGGUACAAAGGCAUGUUUCUAUUGCUCAUUUAUCCUGCAUGGGAUCUGUGAAAUGGUGGGUCCUAGGUGAGAAGGCCACAGAAGAGGCCACAGAAGAGUCUGAAUUUAGGAAUGAAGAGGUGGCAGAAGGACAGGAAGUCAGAUGAACUGGCCUCAGUGGCUCUGCUGGUCCUCAGGAGUGGAUGCCACCUGCCCAGAUGUACCUUCCCAUAAGCAACCAGCAGACAGCACAUUAGCUGCUAGUUUUUAAAGUUUUUGUACAAUAAUUUUAUACAUGUAGUAUAUGAUUUAACAGUUUACAAAUUACACAGUAACCAAUAAUACAUCUAUAAAGUACCUCUGUAGUAAAAUAUGAAAAAGCUUCA